AUGCCGUCGUCGUCGCCUCUCCAGCAAUCGUUUCACCACAAUAAACACCAGCAUCAACAGUAUGUGCUGGCUGUGCAGGCGUCGUCAGACUACCUCGGCAGCGUUGACCAAGUGCCAGUGCGUCCCCUCAGUACAAUCUUGCGCCAGCUGUCCAACCUGUCAACGCUUCCGCCGUCCCAAGUGACUAAUGUGACGUUGGAGACCAUCCACCAUCAUGACACGGCCAUUGGCGUUCACGUGGUUGUGGCUAAACGGGUGCCGUUGGCCGGCUACGCAUUGCUAGUCGCAGCCCUGGUCACGAUUUCGUCGUUGGGGGCUGCGCUGGAUCUGCAGCAACAAGUCGAUCCGUUCGUCAAGUUAUUUUGGCGCACGACGGCAUCUCUCCUCGGGUUUCUCCCGUUUGCGUGUUACGGAUUGUACGAGCGGGGAUGGCCCAAGUUGACGCUACGCCUCGUGGGAUUUUUUGGUGCGAGUUCCAUCUCGUAUGCCCUCUUCCUCAUGACGUUCCUGUGGUCGCUGAACCACACCACGAUCGGCCACGCGUACAUCUUUAACAACUGCCACUCGCUCCUGAUUGUGCUUGGAAAGGUCGUCCUCGGCUACCCCGUCGUGCUGUUUGAAAUUAUUGGGUCUGGGCUCGGCCUUGUGGGUGGCGUAAUCACGACGAUGGACCAUGCAGCCAGCAUCCCUGAAGUCAAGUCGUCCGUGGUGCAGUCGUCGUGGCAGGGCGACGUAGUGGCGUUGAUCGGUGCCGUCGGCGGCGUGUUCUACCUCCUGACGGCAAAAAUACUCCGCCAAGAAAUGGACGUGUUUGUGUUCAUGACGCUGCUCUUCACAGCGACGGCGUUCCUCCAUAUCCCGGUCUUCUACGCGUUGGAUAUCGACAUUCGAUGGACGUUGGACCAUCACGUUGGGUGGUUGGGAUGGGUGCAACCUGAUAUGCUCGGCGUCGAACUUUACCUGGUUUUCGUGUGCACGAUCAUCGGUACCGUUGGGUACAUCAGUGUGAUGAAGUACUUUGACCCGAUUGUCGUGAGCGUCGUGAUGCUUCUCGAGCCCAUCUUGGCUACAGCCAUGGGCGUAUUUGUAGGUGUUGAUGCUGUUCCUGGAUGCCUCACUUGGAUCGGUGGGUUCCUCGUCAUACUAGGCACGGGCCUUGUCGUCCUCGCGUCCAGCAACAAGUCCGAAUCGCACGACGUGUCCGACGCAGUCUACAAAACCCCAACUUCCGCCACUGUAUACAGCUUCAAGCUCAAGGCGUAGUCCGUAAGAAAGAGAGAUAUGCACUCGUAAUGGAACGACAAUCCC